AUGCCAAAUAUUGUCCAGAUGAUGGCUCAUCUGACUAUGAGCAAGUGCCAUUAUUGUCAGCGAUUGUUGCACAAAGCCAUUGUAGACAUCAUUCUGAGCUUGAGGAAUUUUCCACAUGAAGUUCGGGAGGAGCUACUGUCGUUGAUUUCGACCGUGUUCCCUGAAAAUCCGCGUACACCGCAGCAGAUUCUGGACAUAAUCACCGAAUGUGCUAAAAAAACGGAUUUGUUGACAGUAUUUCGUUACGGUGAGGAUCGUACUGAAGAUGUCGACCACGCCAUUCUAACGGCAGUGCUUAAGCGGCAGAAUUUAAGUUUACCAGAACAGUUGUCGUUAACUUUGUUGUGGAAUCGAGUGGACGUGGCCAGGUCAUGCCUUUUUUCCGGCGGACGUCACUGGCCCACUUGCGAGUUGCACUCAGCCAUGAAAGAUGCGCUUCGUCUAAAUCGGGUGGAUUUUGUUGAGUGUUUGUUGGAAAACGGUGUGUCGAUGAAGAAGUUUCUCACAAUCGCCACACUUGAGCAGUUGUACAAUCUGGAUGAUGAUGCCCAGCAUAAUGUUCACUUCCUUGUUGAGCACAGCUCUCCUACCAGCUAUAUGACUCUGCCUGAUAUCGGUUUGAUCAUCGAGAAGUUGAUGGGAAACGCCUACAAGCACUACUAUACAUCGAGACUAUUCAAGAAUAACUACGAGAAAUUCCGUAAAAAAGCGCAGCUUUCUCGUCUGAGCAGCUUCCAUAUUCGCCUGGUCGCCAAGACAUCACCUAGACGACGAAAGAGCGCAGAUUGGGCUAAUACGUUACAGUGUGAUGAAGGUAGGUCUACUGUGUUAGUUGCGUUGCGAAAGAGACCCGAAAUGGCUAGGUGCAUGUGGCUUCACGGCGAAGAUGCUAUGGCGAAAAGUCUUGUAGCCGCCAGGCUAUACAAGGCUAUUGCACGAAUUGCUGAAGAGGACUACCUAGAAGUGGAAGUGGCACAACAACUUCGCGAAUACUGCGAGUCGUCGUGUUCGGAAUCCCUGCAGUUGCUGGACUUUUGCUAUCGCGAAGAUAACAGCCAAACGUUGAAGUUGCUAACAGCUCAGUUACCUCAUUGGGGUUAUCAGAAUUGUUUAUCGCUAGCUGUAAUGGUGAAUCAUAAGCGGUUUUUGGCUCAUCCAUGUUGUCAACGUCUUCUUGCCGAACUCUGGCACGGGUCGCUACGGAGCACAACAUACGAUACAGUUGGCAAGUGCCGAUCAGAUCACUUAGAAGAGAACAGUGUUAACAAUAUACUCUCACUUCCUUUACAGAAGUUUAUCAAAAGCACAUCAAGGAAAAAGACAAUAAAGACAAAGUUGAUGUGCGAUGAAGAGCUUGACGAGCUGGUUGACAAUUGUGACGGAUUUUCGAAGAAGGUUAACAUCGUCUCGCCGAAACGAAGCAGUCUGCUCAAAGACUGCGCUGAUUCACCAUAUCUGCAGGCAGGUCUACUGAACUAUCUUCCUCAUUUUCCGUAG